AUGUCUCUAAUUCCCGAGAACCAAGACCUAGCCGAGGAAAUCGAAGCGGUAAACGCCAUCUACGAACCCGACACAAUAACCGUAACCCGCACAACCCCCGCAAACGCGACAACCAACACCCUCGACCUAGGUCCCGCGCUCUCCAACACCCAUACCACAGUGGUAACCCUCCAAAUCCCAGAACAACACCACCUAUCCUUCAUCCUUGGCUUCGAAGCCUCAUACCCAGACUCCCGCCCCGCCGUACUGGGAACAGCAUCGACCGCCGCACGCGGGGAAGGCAAGAUCGCCGUCGAUGUAUUAGAGGAUAUCAUACAACGGACCUGGCAGGCCGGCGCCGUGUGUCUAUUCGAUGUGAUCAGUGAAGUUGUCGAUGUAUUCCCGGAAUUGAGUAUCGGGCAGGACGAUGGCGGGGACUCGUCUCAGACACAGACUGUCGACGCGACAGACGCCUUUGAAGCCCUGUCCCUACGCGACGCAUUUGGCAUCGAUGCCCCGCCUGAAUGGAUUCUCUCGGAUGUUGUUAGUGAGAAGAAAUCGGUAUUUGUGGGCCGUGUUGCGCGCGUUACUUGUCUUGCGCAGGCGCAGGCUUUUAUUGAUCAUCUUACGGCUACGGAUCGGAAGGUUGCGGCUGCAACGCAUAAUAUUAGUGCCUGGCGCAUUCGGCAGGGAAAGGGUGAUGGGGAGGGAGGGGAGACUGUUGUUCAGGAUUAUGACGAUGAUGGGGAGACAGCUGCUGGGGGCCGACUGUUGCAUGUUAUGCAGUUGAUGGAUGUGUGGAAUGUUGUGGUUGUUGUUACGCGAUGGUAUGGGGGGAUUCAGCUUGGGCCGGCCCGGUUCCGGAUCAUUAAUGAUGUUGGUCGGGAUGCUUUAGUCAAGGGUGGGUUUACUAAGGAGAAGGAGGAGGCUGCGGGCGCAGAGAAGGGGAAGAAGAAGGGCAAGAAAUGA